AUGCCCGCUACUGCUGAGGGCUCGACAGACGCGUCGAACGAAGCUUCCAACUCGAUACAGGCUGGGCAAGGCCGCGGCAGAAGCGAGAGGAAUUCGAGAGGCAGAGGUAGAGGGCGUGGACGAGGUGAUGGAAACUCUAGAGGUGGAGGGCAAGGCAGAUCGCAACGUGGAAGAGGAAGGGGGGCUAAUAUAUCGGGGGCACAUACCUCUUCUUCGACGACGCCGCUUCCACAUGGAGACUCGGACAAACCAGCAGCAUCUCUACCUCAAACUCGCAUUCCACAUGUGACUAGCGAACCGAGCGCCGACCAAGAAGAUGUGGAGGCCGAAGUGUGCUUCAUCUGCGCGAGCCCCGUCAUCCACCAGUCUGUUGCUCCAUGCAACCAUAGAACCUGUCAUAUUUGUUCCCUACGGAUGAGGGCGCUAUACAAGAAUAAAGAAUGCGCACAUUGUCGGACACCUGCUCCGUUUGUUCUUUUCACGGACGAUGCGACUAAACGAUACCAAGACUACUCUGACACCGACGUUACUAGUACGGACGAUAAUAUCGGUAUUCGAUACACGAACGAAGAUAUAGUCGGAGACACCGUCUUGCUUUUGCGUUAUAAUUGUCCGGAUGACUCUUGCGACUUUGCCGGCCUCGGUUGGCCAGACCUGCAUCGACACGUCCGUACCACUCACCACAAGAAGAUGUGCGACUUGUGUACAAGAAACAAGAAAGUAUUUACCCAUGAACACGAGCUGUUUACCGACAAGGAGUUGGAGAAGCACAUGCGACAUGGUGACGACCGCCCCGGCGCUGUGGACCAGACAGGAUUUAAGGGUCACCCACUAUGUGCAUUCUGUGGCCAAAGGUUCUACGACGAUGACAAGCUUUACGAGCACUGCCGGAGCAAACAUGAGCGCUGCUUCCUUUGCGACAGCCAGGAUCCUAGGCAGCCUCAUUACUAUCGAGAUUAUAAUGCGCUGGAAGAGCACUUCAAGAAGGAUCAUUUCUUAUGCCUUGAUCACGAGUGUCUUGAGAAGAAGUUUGUUGUCUUCCACUCCGAGAUAGAUCUGAAGGCGCAUCAGCUUAGUGAACACGGUAACUCCUUAUCUAAAGAUGUGAGAAGGGAUGCCCGUCUUGUCGACCUUUCGAGCUUUGAUUACCGACAGCCUUACCAGCAAAGACGGGGCGGCAGUGGUUCCGGGCGGGAUAGAGAUGGGGAUAGAGACAGAGAGAGGCGCGGAAGAGGUCGCGAUCCGAACGCAGAUCCUCUUCCGGUCAGCUCGGCACAGCCUCUUCGACGAGAUGAGCUUGCUUUCCAGAGGCAGAUGGCUAUACAUUCGUCACAGUCCGUCUCUAACCGGACAUUUGGUGGGCAACUAUCAACAGCACCCUCUUCAAACAGUGCUAUCCCCGCUGCCCAAACAAGUCAGCGUCCAGCAGGUGCCUCUGGUCCUUCUGCCCCAACCACCACCACAGCACCAUCUAUUGAGAUGGAAGGACUAAACUUGACGGACCCGAACCUGCCACCGGAAGAUCGCGUUCGGCUUCUGCGGCAUUCCGCAGUCAUCGAACGGGCAUCGAACCUAUUACAGAAUGACCGGGAUAAGAUUGCCACAUUUCGCAGUCAAAUAUCUUCUUACAGGCAGGGCAAGCUGUCAGCUGCAGCGCUCGUAGAUGCACUAUUUUCUUUAUUUUCAGAUACUUCGUCCACUACUUUGGGUACGCUUGUUCGUGAGGUCGCGGAUCUUUUUGAAGACUCGAGCAAGGGAGAUGGCUUGCGGAAAGCCUGGAGCGAUUGGAGGGCAAUAAAUGAAGACUACCCAACUCUGCCAGGCCUGAGCGGUAUGCAUGGCGCAACAUCUUCUAACACUGGCUGGGCGGCGGCGGCAGCCAGUUCUCCUCUUACAGCCGCCGUGGCGCCAUCCCAAAGGCACACAACUCGAGUUCUCAAGCUCAAAAGCUCUACCCAACAAUCGCGGCGGUCGAGCGUAGAGCAGUCCUCUACUUUAUUCUCUAGCUCAAGCUCUUCGCGACGCCCGCCACCGAUGCCCCCCGCAGCUUCUUUCCCCGCCUUACCAUCCAGCAGCGCCAGCACGGGAAAUGCAUCGCGACCGGCAGCCACAGCCCUUUGGAGCUCUAGCACAGCAUCCCAAGCUCCAACUAGAGCGUCGAAGAAUGCUAGUCGAGAAGAAGCAUUUCCAGCCCUUCCCACGGCGCCUAAGCCUACAACGACAAUAUUCGGUUACGGGACUGGAAGUGUACGUAGAGAUGCUGGUGGCUCAAGGAAUACUGGUUUCUCAUGGGGGGCAUCAGGUGGGGAUACAUCUACACAACCCGACGGCAAUACUGGUGAAGACGGAGUGGAUGGUUUUGGGAAAGGUAAAAAGGGAAAUAAAGGCCGAAAGAAAGUAUUGGUACAAUGGGGCUAA